GAGAUGAUAGCGUCGAUUCGGCUAGGCAGUGAUGUGAGCUGCAUGAUUCAUUUCAAAUACCCUCCUUAUUUGAACCAUUUGAUCUGUACUGGAAGUUACCAAGAUGAUGAAUUGUCUGUGUACGAUUGGCGGUUUGGCAUCAAAGUCGGUUCGUUGCCAUGGAAGACAAGUAAAGAAGACGAUGAGGCUGUGAUGGAUGUCCGGCCUUGGGGGCUUGAAUCGACCUUGGUCUUACCCCCGUGUUGGCCAAGCCAGGAUGCUCCUUUAGCGCACCAUGGGUUUCGCUUGAUUGCUGUAGGUGAUAAUCGGAGUGACACCAGUCGAGACAAACUCGAGAUCAAAGUUUGGGAUAUUUCGUAUCUGUUACAAGUCGCAUGGGAUCCUUUUGAUGCAAGGCCGAUCGAUGGAUUGACGGAUACCUUGCAGCUUGAACUGGCCCAUCGAUUCUCAUGGUGGCCUCGACGUACACAGGAACUCACGCGGCUUGCGCUU